AGUUCUUCGGGACAGCCGUUACUCUGCCACAGAAGACUAUCCCAAGCAGCGGGAAAGAAUUACAGCAAGUUAUCUGUUGUGCUUUGGAACGUCACCUUGGGCAGUCGCAAUGACGCUGCAGGGAAGAGUGAACCCCAGCUUUGAGGAUGAGGACGUCAAGAAACAGAAUGGGCAGCCAAUGGCGCCACAACAGCAGCAACAGUCAUCACUGCAACAAGAGGGGACGACUGAGGAGAGAGAACAACCGCAACGACAACAAUGGAGCAACAAGCGAGAGUUUUUGCUGUCAUGCAUCUCUAUGUGUGUUGGUGUGGGCAAUGUGUGGCGGUUCGCGUUCGUGGCUUUAGAGAACGGUGGGGGAGCGUUCCUCAUCCCCUAUCUGAUCGUGUUGGUGUUUAUCGGCAAGCCCUUGUACUACAUGGAGUUUAUUCUGGGCCAGUUUCCCUCGGCUGGUCCCGUCGAUAUGUGGGCCAUCUGUCCUGCCUUUAAAGGUAUUGGCUACGGACAGGCCUUGUCCACGUGGGCAGUGUCGACAUUCUACGUGUCGUUGAUGGCGUUGUGUUUGUUCUACUUUUUCGCCUCCUUCAGUAGCGUAUUGCCCUGGGCUGUGUGUGGUCCCUGGGCAAGCAGUGGUUGUGUACCAGUGCACACCAACACUACGCUUCCCGACGGACAGGAAACAAUAUCAUCUGCUGAGGAGUACCUGGUGAAGGAGGUGCUUAAGGUGGAUCCUGAGGGUUUCCAAAACGGUAUUGGUCUCCCUGACUGGCGCCUCACCUUAUGUCUGUUGCUGUCAUGGGUGCUGAUCUUCAUGGCUCAGAUGAAAGGAGUUAAGAGUUCCGGGAAGUCAGCCUAUUUCACCGCCCUUUUCCCCUACGCAGUGCUCCUGACGCUGUUCAUUCGUGGAGUGACGCUGCCAGGAUCACUCAAGGGAAUUCUUUUCUUCCUCACCCCUCGCUGGGAGAAGCUACUAACUCCACAGGUUUGGUUCGCUGCUGUGAAUCAAGCUUUUUUCAGUCUCGGCAUUGGGUUUGGCAUAAUAAAUACGUUCGCCUCCUACAACAACUUUCACAACAACAUUUACCUAGAUGCCACUAUUAUGUCCUACACUGACGCCUUCACCUCAGUAUUUGCUGGCAUCACCACCUUCGGAAUUGUUGGGCACUUAGCAGACCAGAUGGGGGUGGAGGUGUCUCAGGUGGUUCGAGGUGGCGGCAUAAACCUUGCCUUCAUCAGCUAUCCAGAUGCUCUGGCCAGGUUCACCUUCUUGCCUCAGUUUUUUUCAGUUAUGUUUUUCUUAAUGAUGUUUACACUCGGGGUGGGCAGCGCGGUUGCCUACAACACUGCCAUCAUCACUAUCAUCAGUGACAGGUUCCCGAGACUUCCUGUGUGGCAUAUAACACUUGGGACAUGUGUGGUGGGUUUCCUGGUGGGACUGAUCUACACCACGCCCCAAGGACAGUAUGUUCUCGUUCUCGUCGACUACUACAGUGGCGGCGUGUCCAUCCUCUUCCUCAUGACACUGGAGACAGUGGCCGUCAUGUGGGUGUACGGGCUGCGGCAAUUUAUCCGGGACAUCCACUUCAUGCUGGACCGUUCAACAGGAUUCUUCUGGCGGCUGUGUUGGGGCAUUAUCAACCCUAUUUUCCUAGCCGUGGUAUUUGUCUACGGUCAGAUACAGCAUCAGGGCCUUGCCUAUGGUACCUACGUCUAUGACAGCAUGGCCACAGGUGUGGCUUCGAUUUUGACGGUGACGGCAGGGUGCCUAGUGCCUUUGAUGUUCCUGAAGGAGGUGAUUAAGAGGUAUGAUGCCUCCAAAGGACUGCGGGACGCCUUAAUCGACGUCUUCAGCGCCACGUCAGAAUGGAGCCCCAAGGACCCCGCCCUGCGACAGGAGUACCUCAACCUGCAGGCUACAGAGAACAAGGCAACGCCUCGGCGGCUCUCUGACAAAUGUCCUUGAGCAAUGUGACAAACAUUAACGCUUUCUCUCUCUCUCUCUCUCUCUCUCUCUCUCUCUCUCUCUCUCUCUCUCUCUCUCUCUCUCUCUCGAAUAAAUUAAUGAAUGAAGGAUGGAAGGAUGGAAGAAAGGAAUUUGUAAAACUAAGGGAUUUGUGAGAUCAACCUGUAACAAUGAUAAUAAUAAUAAUAAUAAUAAUAAUAAUAAUAAUAAU